CGAUAAACUGCAAAGAUAGUAAUGUUGAAAGUUGAAAUAAAAAGAGUAAAUAAAAUGUCUACUUUGUGAGGCAUUCCACAAUUUCAUAUCCUAAAAUUUCCACUACAAUGAGUUCAUAUCCUUGCACAAAAUGCCCAAUCUCUAUCAGAAACACCACAACUCAAUUCCCUCAUCCAAGAAUACCAACAUCUACAAAACAUCCAAAAUCCCUCAUCUCUCGUAUUUCACUCUCCAGUAGUUCAUCUCAGAGUGACCAAAAAACAAGAACAAGCAGUAUAAAUUCUGAGGAUAACUUUCCGACCAUGUCAGAAAUCAUGGAGGCAUCGAGAUCCCAAAAUCUUGAUCUUCAGCUGAAAACAUUAGGGCCCUUUUUCAGAAUCACAGCGAAGAGCAUAAAAACCCAAAGAGACCUUGGAAAAGCUGAGGGUUUGAUAAGGGUUUGGUUUCAAGGUAAAAUUCUACAUUUAGACUCAAUCAGACUUCAGAGAGAGACUCUGGGGAUGGAAAAAUCAAUAUUUGGGAUUGGAUUGUUUAUUGGAGCAGUCGCAAUUAGGCAUGGUUAUGACUCUGGUUGUAAAAAAGCUGAAUUGCUCGCCAUUUAUGAUACUGAGCUUUACCACACCAAGCUUGUGAAAUUCUACACAAGGAUUGGCUUCAAGACGGUUCACCAAGUUAGUGGUGAAUCACUUGGAGAUGUUGGUCACAUGUUAGUCUGGGGAGGCGUAGGAACUCGAAUGGAUGCAGGCAUUGAACAUCUUCUUGUAAAAUGGUGCACCAGAUUUAAACCAAAGAGUUGAUUUUUACUUCAAUCCUUCAACGACCUCGACUUUAACUCAGUUGUUUGGCUACGUACACUAAAUAUACUUAUAUACUUUAGUAUAUGUUUGAUAUCAUAUAUGGGCUGAUUUUUUUUUUUU